GCAAGCACCUAUAAAUAAGGGCCUCCGUUCUCAUGGAUUUUCAAUCGAUUCGUUUAAUUAGUUCGUUCAGAUUCUCGCUUUGUGGAUCGCAGAAAGAAUUUGCAGUGACCUUCAAGGACUCUUUUAAUGGCGACGAAGGUUUAUAUUGUAUACUAUUCUAUGUAUGGACAUGUAGAGAAACUAGCUGAAGAGAUUAAGAAAGGAGCUGCCUCUGUUGAAGGCGUUGAGCCAAAGCUAUGGCAGGUCCCUGAGACUCUAUCAGAGGACGUGCUUGGGAAGAUGAGUGCCCCACCAAAAAGUGAUGUUCCAAUCAUUACACCCAACGAACUUGCUGAGGCCGAUGGAUUUAUUUUUGGCUUCCCAACAAGAUUUGGAAUGAUGGCUGCACAAUUCAAAGCAUUUAUGGAUGCAACUGGAGGCCUGUGGAGAUCGCAAACGCUUGCAGGCAAGCCCGCUGGAAUAUUCUACAGCACUGGAUCUCAAGGUGGUGGACAAGAAACCACACCUUUGACUGCUAUUACUCAGUUGGUUCACCAUGGAAUGAUAUUUGUUCCUAUUGGUUACACAUUUGGUGCUGGCAUGUUUGAGAUGGAGAAAGUGAAAGGUGGAAGUCCUUAUGGUGCUGGCACUUUCGCUGGGGAUGGGUCAAGGCAGCCAUCUGAGCUCGAGUUGGAGCAGGCCUUCCACCAAGGAAAGUACAUUGCCACUAUUGCAAAGAAGCUCAAAGCAACAGCUUAAUCAGACUUGCACCAUGUUAAAGAAGAAAUUGUCAAUUUCAGUUCACAAUAAAAACAUUAAAUAAAAUUUGUCUUGCUUCAUUUUCCCUCUUCAUUUCAAUUCUAGAAGUUGUACUCCACAUGAUUGGUAUCUGUUAAGUUGUCAAGCUAUUUUAUUAAUGAUAGUGCCGGUUUGCUCAUUUGUUCAUGAGCUGGUUCUCUGAUGAUAA